UAUGAGGAAACAGAGAAAAGGAAAAUACGAAGAGCUGUUUUCUUAUAAAUAGGUGUCUAAGGGACUGCGAUCCAAUAACUAAAAAUCCCAUUUGUUCAUUCAAUAGUUCGUGUGAUAUUAUGGGAGAACGCAAAGUCCUAAACAAGUAUUAUCCGCCGGAUUUUGAUCCAAAGAAGAUACCUCGUCUCCGGAAACCGAACAACCAGCAAAAGAAGAUACGAUUUAUGCUUCCAGUUCGUGUUCGGUGCAAUACAUGUGGUAAUUACAUGUCGGAAGGCACUAAAUUCAACUGCCGUGAAGAACAAGUCAUCAACGAGAUGUACCUAGGAAUUAAAAUCCACAGGUUCUAUAUCAAGUGCACCAAGUGUUCGGCAGAGAUAACAAUCAAAACCGAUCCAAAGAACUCGGGUUAUGUUGUCGAAUCAGGUGCAAUUGGCCCUUAUAAUGGACACGAGGAGGAGGAGGAGAAGCCUGAGGUAGCUGAAAACGCAUUGGAGUCGUUAGAGAAGAGAACUAUUGUAUCUAAAAGAGAGAUUGAAGUUAUGGCUGCGCUUGAUGAGAUGAAGUCUAUGAAGUCUAGAAGAGCCUCCGUGAGCGUAGACUCAAUGCUCGAGGUAUUGAAUAGAAGAAAAGAACAAGAAGAAGAGAACGUUGACGAAGAAUUGUUUAUUAAGUCGAUAAAAUUUGGUAAGCGGACUAGGAUUGAUGACGAAGAGAAAAAAGAUAAAGUGUCUGAUGAGAAAAAGAAGCCUAAGAAACCUGUCUGCGGUACAUCUACCGCUCAUAUCUCUUCGGUUCGCAUAGUCGCAAAGAAGACUGCAGAGCUACCACAGGGACUCGAAGCAUUGUGUCACAACUAUGGCACGGAUAGCGAUGAGGAGAAGUGAUUCGGUUUUGCUCUGGCUAUUUUAAUUAGAUUUUGCAUAGAUAUUAUUAUGUUACAGUUAUACUCUAUAUUGGAUUGUGAAUUCUAAAGAGUUUUGAUGAUUU